UUCCCCCAUGACAUCCCGCGACGAUUUCCGACCCGACCUUCCGCCCGAGCUCCUGACGCACAUUCUAACCUUUCUCAUUCCCACACCUCCGCGCCAUCCACCAAUCUGGGAUGUCCCGUCAAGCAAAAACAGUCGAAAUAACGUGGCACACAUUCUCUUUCCUUUCCUCCUAGUCAACUCGGCAUGGUUUCACGCUACAUCCAAACUAUAUUGGAGAACUCAAGUCUGCGACUCAGGUCCGAAGACCGAGUGGGCGUUGAGGGUUCUUCGGUGGUCGAAACAUGGGGAAACCUUGGGAACAUACCAUGCACACCUUCGUGAAUUGCAUGUGGGUGAACGUACACCCAGGCCUGCUCGCGAGUCCCCACUCAACUGGAAGGUCUCAAUGGACGUUGUCGUCAAACUGAUUCGAAUAUCCGCAUUAACGCUGACGAGGUUAUGUGUUUCAGAGGCACGAGUACAGGGUGACUGGGAAGGACGGAAAAAGGAUUCAAUGUCGACUGUAUGGGAAUGUGUUUUGGGGAUUGAGAUGCCCUGUUUGAAGAGCUUCAAGUUGGUAACGACUUGCUCGGAUAUGGUUUUGAGACAGAGUGCAAGUCAUAGAAUACAAAGGCGGUCGGAACCUCUUGGGAUUAUAGAUCUGGAACUGACAAACCUCGCUGGGAUGAUCUCGGAUGAAACCAUCAUUGGCAUUAUUACCAUCAUGCCACACCUCCGCACUCUCUUCCUGUCCCGUACCUCGGCAACGGAUGUUGCUCUAACAGCGCUUUCAACAACCUGCGGUCAGUCGCUACGUCACCUCUCGUUACACGCCGCUGGGUCCGUUCAAACAGAGUCCCUCAAAUCCUUUUUGGAACAUACACCCAAUCUCCGCACUCUAAAUAUUCCGAAAAUAUCUCCAAUUGCCCAAUCUCUUUCGUCACCUUUUGAUCCAUCCGUUACUCGCCUCGCAUGGUCCGAUGACCUCCUCUUAUCCCUCGGUGAAUCCUGUCCGCAUUUAUCGACACUCGAUCUGGACAUGUGGAACAUUACACCCCCAACACUUGAAAAAAGUCUUCAGAAACUUCCUAUAGAGAAUCUCAGGCUCUAUAAACUUGGGACGCCCUUGCAAACCCUUCCUUCUCUCCCGCAUACCCUAAGAAUGUUUAUCGCCCAUUAUACACAUCUAGCAUCCUCCAUUGAAUCGGUUAAUCAGAGUAUGGGGAUUCUUGCCGGGUUGCCAAAUUUAACCUAUCUGAAUGUGACGGAUAGAGUGAGGAGACAUAAAAAGGAGUUGGGGACUGCAUUUAUCGUUCGUGUCGCAUUCUCAUUACCGAGUGUUGAAUUUGUUAUUGGCCAUGAGUGUGGGGGAGAUGCUUUUGGUGAGUAUGCCAAAUCCUGGGGAUUUGAGAGAAACGGGGUAGUAUAUGAUAAAGACGGGCUGGAGAUGGUGAGGAAGUAUAUCAGUGCCUAUUUUCCGGGUGUGGAUGGUACCAGAUCCGUAGGGAGGGAGGAAGCUAGGGAUAUUGUCAGAGAGAUGGCGGCGGCAACUGACGAAGUGGAGUAAAUGUGUUAACAGAUCAACCUGCUCCAAACAUGACUGAAAAUCAUCACCUUGGCACACAAGAAUAUAUCAGAAGAGGUCAAUUCUUUUAUUUGUUCAAAAAAUCAAAUUUCAUUUUCC